AUGAGACUUCAAAGUCAUGCCAGUAACUCAAAUCUAAAGGAGCUUAUACAAUUUGCAGAAUGGUUAUUGUCUAUAGGAAAUGGAAAUCUAUCUGAAUCAAACAAUGACUGUGCAGAAAUACACAUUCCUGAUGAAUUUCUCAUCACUAAUUUCAUUGGUUCUAUUCAUGCAAUUGUUCAGUCUACAUACCCAAACAUAGUUGAGAAUUUUAAAAAUGAGAAAUUUCUAGAGUCCAAAGCUAUCUUGGCAUCAAAUAUUGAGACUAUUGAUGAGAUUAAUAAUUACAUUAUUUCUCUAGUACUUGGUCAUGAAAAGGAGUACUUAAGCUUUGAUUCAGUUGACAGGUCUGAUAUAGUUGAUAACUCUCCAAUACAGACAAUUACUCCAUAA